GACGCAUUGUCAAAGUAGUGGUAUCGCCUCUCGGUGUACAUACGCGCGAGGUAGGACUAUCGUGUUCCGCGAUUUUCGAGUGAAAUACGCAAAGGAAUUAUUGUCAACAAACGAUGGAGGCCGGUGCGAGUACGGGUACUCGUACGACACGGUUUAUGAUGGAGGGCGUCGGCGCCCGAGUGAUUCGUGGACCGGAAUGGAAAUGGGGAAAACAGGAUGGUGGAGAAGGUCAUGUAGGAACUGUUAGAAAUUUCGAAUCACCAGAAGAGGUUGUAGUUGUCUGGGACAAUGGUACAGCAGCUAAUUAUCGAUGUUCCGGAGCUUUUGAUCUGCGUAUAUUAGAUUCUGCACCAACGGGAGUGAAGCAUGAUGGCACAAUGUGUGAUACUUGUCGCCAGCAGCCGAUCUUUGGCAUAAGAUGGAAGUGCGCUGAAUGUGGCAACUACGAUCUUUGUUCCAUUUGCUAUCAUGGUGAUAAACAUCACUUGCGACAUAGAUUUUUUCGUAUUGCUACACCAGGAAGUGAAAGAGUUCUCUUAGAGCCUCGUAGGAAAAGCAAAAAGAUUGCAAUUCGUGGUAUAUUUCCUGGUGCACGAGUUGUACGAGGCGUGGAUUGGCAGUGGGAAGAUCAAGAUGGUGGAAAUGGUCGGCGGGGAAAAGUUAAUGAAAUACAAGACUGGUCUGCAGCUAGCCCACGGUCAGCAGCUUAUGUUAUCUGGGAUAAUGGUGCCAAAAAUUUGUAUAGAGUUGGAUUUGAAGGAAUGGCUGAUUUAAAAGUGGUCAAUGAUGCAAAAGGACAAACGGUAUAUAGAGAUCAUUUGCCAUUACUGGGUGAGCAAGGUCCAGGUCGGACAGGACCUCACGGUCUACAAAUUGGUGAUCAGGUUAAUGUCGAUUUGGAAUUAGAAAUUGUACAAUCAUUACAACAUGGCCACGGAGGCUGGACAGAUGGAAUGUUUGAAUGCCUGGGCACUACAGGAACGGUCGUCGGUAUCGAUGAAGAUCAUGACAUUGUUGUUUCUUAUCCAAGUGGUAAUCGAUGGACUUUUAAUCCUGCUGUGCUCACUAAAGUUCAGAUACCCGUCCCUGUUACUUCAAGUACCGACAAUCAAAUAUUUGCUGUUGGAGAUUUGGUUCAAAUAUGUCAUGAUAUAGAAAAAAUUAAACUACUUCAGCGUGGCCAUGGGGAAUGGGCAGAAGCAAUGGCUCCAACAUUGGGAAAGAUAGGUAGAGUCCAGCAGAUAUAUCACGAUGGAGACUUAAAAGUAGAAGUUUGUAGUACAUCAUGGACAUAUAAUCCUCAAGCUGUUACAAAAGUGGCUAGUAGCGACGGAAGUGUCCCAGGAAAUAGUAGUGGUGAACGAUUAUCAGCACUAUUAAAGAAAUUAUUCGAGACACAUGUGUCCGGUGACGUCAAUGAAGAAUUAGUAAAAACGGCAGCAAAUGGCGACGCUGGUAAAUGCGAAGAGUGUUUAAAACGACCAGAAGCCGAUGUUAACGGUGUAUUUGCCGGCCAUACUGCCUUACAAGCUGCGAGUCAAAACGGUCAUUUAGAAGUUAUUAAAAUUCUUCUCCGGUUCAACGCGGAUGUUGAAAUGGAAGACAAAGAUGGUGACAGAGCGGUACAUCACGCUGCCUUUGGAGAUGAGCCAGGUGUUAUGGCACUUCUCGCUGGUGCCGGCGCCGACCUAAACGCUCGAAAUAAAAGACGUCAGACUGCUCUUCACAUUGCGGUUAAUAAAGGACACGCUGGUGUUGUGCGAACUCUGUUGGAAUUAGGCUGCCAUCCAAGUCUACAGGACUCCGAAGGUGACACACCUCUUCACGACGCGAUCUCUAAGAAACGGGAUGACAUGUUGGCUCUGUUGUUGGACCACGCCGCAGACAUCACCCUCACCAACAACAAUGGCUUCAACGCUCUGCACCAUGCUGCUCUUCGUGGCAACCCAAGUGCGAUGAGAGUCCUGCUAUCAAAGUUGCCGCGACCCUGGAUCGUCGACGAGAAGAAAGACGAUGGGUACACUGCCCUUCACUUGGCUGCCCUCAAUAAUCACGUGGAGGUCGCAGAGCAACUGGCACGCGCCGGAAAGGCCGAUCUGGACCUCCAGAACGUGAACCUGCAGACAGCUCUGCAUUUAGCAGUUGAGCGACAACAUACGCAGAUCGUCCGGCUAUUGGUUCGCGAAGGCGCGAAUCUUAACGUCGCCGAUAAGGACGGGGACACGCCUUUGCACGAGGCCCUUCGACAUCACACGCUGUCGCAACUGCGGCAGCUGCAGGACGUGCAGGACGUCGGACGGCUGCUGAUGGGUCUGGGUACUCAAGGCCAGGACAAGAAGAGCAGCUCCUUUAUUGCGUGUUUUCUCGCGGCGCACGGUGCCGACUUGGAGCUGAAAAACAAAAAGGGCCAAACGCCUUUAGAUCUUUGUCCAGAUCCAAAUCUCUGCAAGACUCUCACCACCUGUCACAAGGACAAGGAAUCACACGACAUCGAAGCCAUCGUCCCAUCGGCGGCGAUCGACGAGUGUCUCGUAUGUUCCGAUGGCAAACGGGAGAUGUUGUUCAGUCCCUGUGGACACGUGGCUUGUUGUAACGCCUGUGCACCGAGGGUGAAGAAAUGUCUGAUUUGUCGUGAGAAUGUUCUUUCUCGAGUGAAGAUCGAAGAAUGCGUGGUGUGUUCGGAUCGCAAGGCGGGCGUGCUGUUCCGUCCGUGUGGGCACAUGUGCGCCUGCGAGAGCUGCGCGGCCCUGAUGAAGAAGUGCGUGCAAUGCCGAUCCCAGAUACUGCACAUGGUACCACUCUCGGUCUGCUGCGGCGGCGGCGGUGAUGUCACCUACGUGAAGGGGUGCAACACCUCAGGAACAAUAGUCGAAGUCAAGGCGGAUCCCGAGGAGGAGCCGACGCCCUCGAACAACACCGUGGCUGGGGAAGCUCUUCUAAUGAACAACGGCAGCCGAGAUACUUCCCACAGCGACAUACAAAAACUACAGCAGCAAUUGCAGGACAUCAAGGAGCAGACCAUGUGCCCGGUUUGUCUGGAUCGUCUGAAAAACAUGAUCUUCCUGUGCGGACACGGCACCUGCCAAAUGUGUGGCGACCGGAUGUCGGAGUGUCCAAUAUGUCGCAAGUCGGUGGACAAACGUAUUCUGCUCUACUAAAAAUAAAAGACUGCCACCGACCGCGCAUUGCGCGUCGGAAUUUUCCGAGGACAAUUGUAUGAUGGACAAAUUAUAAUCCACGACAUGUCGCGAGGGGAAACGUCUCCUCUUGCGCUCCAUUUACAACAACAGCGUUAUGCCAGCCUGCAUAGCAACGUUAUUUAAAAAAUUACGAUAUUUUCAAUGGUAUAACAAUGAAAAUAUUAAAUGACGCUCUCCGAGCUGAUUCAUAGGUAAAGAUAUAAUAUAUCGAUAAUAUAUCGAUAAUGAUCGCGAUAAGUACGCACAAUUAUUAUUUAUUAUUUGUAUUUUUAAUAAGGGAAACUUGUUACAUGAUAGAUGAUAUAUUAUGCUGUUGAAGUUGCUUUUCAUAUAUAGUCGUAUGACUCUUAACAUACAAUUGUAACAUAUUUCCGGUAAGCUUCCUUUAUUUACCAUUAUCAUUUAUUAAUACUGUUGUCUUUCUGCAUAAUUAAAAAUUCAAAAAACGCUCAGUAAACAUUAGAAAGUUCUUCCGAAUAUCUAUUAUUAAUAAGAAUAGUGGUUUUAUAUCCAUCUCAAAUAAUUGUCACAUCGAUUGCCAAAAUCAUAAGCAAGAUAUCGCAUUUGAUUUGAUUUUUCAAAGUAUUAAAAUGAUAGCUGUCAUAAAAUAAUUUAUCAUUGUUGAUUAGACAUUAUUUCCUAAUAUAAUGUUAUUUAUGUUAAAAAAAUUAGUAAAAAUUGAUAAAAAUAUUUACAAUAUGAAUUUUCAAUUUCUUUUUUCAACUUCAAAAUUUAGUAAUUAUUUUGUUAACUACUGUAAUUAUAUUAAUUGAUUUAAAACAUACUGAUUUUUUAAGGCUUCAGUAUUUAAAAAAUAAAUGGUUUUUAAUAUAAGUAUUUUUUUAUAUUUGAUAAUAAUGAAGUAUAUAAAUAUAAAAAUAUAUAUUAUUUUAUAUAUUUAUAAAAAAAUUAAUCGUUUUGAGGAAUACUCUAGAUAUAUUACCAUAUAUUACAUUCAGCUUUCUAAAAAUAUAAGUUUGUUAUUGAUGAUUCUAUCGUAUACUUAACAUGAUACAGUCAUGUCUUUUGAAGCUGUGAAGGCAAUACUUCUUUUUUUUACAUUUUUUGUACAUAUUUCAUGUAACAGUGCUUUUACUUGUAUGAUUUUCGAAUAUGAGUAAGUUUUAUUUCAUUUUAUUUUAUUUUUAGUUCAUAUUGUGUUUAUUUAAUUAUUAAUUCAAUUUGAAAAGUUACUUGUAUUGGCAUAUAUUAUGACGAUAAAACUAUAACUGAUGCAUUUUAAAUGAAAAAUAUUAGACAAAAUUAAUAUGUAAAAAUAGAAGAAUUCAUAUUUGAAGACCAUUCCUAUUUUGAUAAUAUUUUUAUUUUAUUACCGUCUUGAGUUUUAUUUCAAUGAUCCAUAUAUUAAAUGAUCGUUAUAUAUAUAAUACGAAUUAUAAAUUAUGAAUACGAUAUUAGAAAUAAAAAUGUGACAACAGUCUAAGCCACGAUAAUUACAUCGCAAAUAUGUUCCAUACAGCGAAAAUUAUAUCAUUACAUUAUUGCUUUAAUGUAUUUUAUCUAAUAUAAUGAAAUAUAUAUGUAUAAAGGAAUUUUGUAUACAUAAAGUAUAUAAACUCGCCAUAUAAAUUUCUUUAUUAAAUGUUGUUGAAUGGAAUUGUAACUAAAUUAUAUGAUAAAUUAUUGUUCGUGGACUAAAAAUAAGUGUAAUAGACAUGAUGUAUGAAAAAUUAUUUAUUUUCAUCGAGGAUUUAAAUUUCAUAUACAUAGAGCCACAUUUAUGUUGAUAACUGAAUAUACACAUCUCUGCUCAUCUGCUUUCUUGAGUUGGAUAACAUACUCUCUUAAAAAUCUCUACAAAGGAAGUAGCGAAUUUACACGCAAGAUUUAGACAUCUAUUCCAGUCUCGUACCAUUAGCUAUCCCUAAAUCUGAAGACUGCACUGCGUCUUCCGUUAAAAGGAUUUUCCCAUUUUAUUUUAUGAACAAUUCGUAUAAAAUUUGACUAUCUCACGCAUUCGCACAACACUUUCGCAGCGUUAACGGCACUUAUGUUGUCCAAAAUUAGACCGAAUGCAUUGACGAGCCGUCAUAGAGAUUAUCUUGUACAGAAAAAUGAUUGAGUAUGAAAUAUAAUAAGAGUAUUCGCUUAACGAAGAAGAGAUAAAGAAGACGUGCAUUCAUAAUGUAAAUAUAUAGAGCGAUAAAAAAAACCGCGCUUCCGUUUCCAUGUACACGGGGCGUUGCUAAAUAAUUUACUAUGACCAGGCGCUAGGACAUGUGCAUAAGCAUAUAUAUCUCGAUAUUAUAUUAAAUAUUUUAAUUACAUUAAUUUAAUAGCUUUCUAAUUGUUCUCUGCUUCGUUAUUGAUAUUUAGUCAAUUACGACACUCGAGGUUGUCGCAGAGCUACAGAUUGCAUUACUUUAUCUUUUUUUUUUAACUUUUCCUUUGCGGUGUGAUCAAGUUAGAGUAUCAUUGAUUAGAGCUAAAUUUUACUUCUUCGAGACCCAUUUUACAUUAUAAUGAGACCCACUCCCAUUAUAACGAGUGGGCUACAAACAAGACAUAUCAAAUUUGUGUUUGAAUCCUGUCUAAUGGCAACGAAGCUUCGAUCAUGCUUUAUUUGUAUCAAUGGGUCGCAAAGAAAAAGCGCGCUUUCUUUAACAUUCAGAUGAUGAGUUUAGGUUAGGUGGAGAAAGUUUCUUGGUCCGAGUGAGACGAUCUAACUCCGCCGCCGCGUC